UUUCGUAUAUUUUUUUUUUUACUUACUGCACAUUUUAAAAAACAAACAAAAAAGUGCAAAUGGGACUGAUAUGGAUUCAUCAUCAUCAACGCACUAAAAGAAGAGUAUAGGAACCCCACCAAGUUGUUCCACCUCUGCUUCUUGUCCGUUACAAAAACCUUCUCAAGAAAAUCGCUUCAUUUUAGAUGCAGCCUCUCACGCAAACCAUACUUUUAAUCUAUAAUUUAUAAUCCUCCACGCAAAACCAUAGCCCACACCAACUAGUCUUCUCACCUUCAUCAACAAACAAUCAAAGCAAUUAUCUCUGCAACUCUCAAAACCAGGCCAAAAAUGGCUGAAACCUCUUAAAAUUCCUUCCUUUUUUCUCUGUUUGCACUUAUCAACUUCCCUUUCUCUAAAUUAUCCUCUUUCUCUACGCAUAACAAUGUCAGAAACAUCACAGUUAGAGUCUUUUGAUCCAGAAGUCUCUGAAGGGUGUUGUUCAAAGACCUUGAUGCAGAGCAUUGUUCAUGAGCUCAAGCUUCAGAUGCGAAUUGGUUUGCCACUGGUGGUUAUGAACUUGUUGUGGUUCGGUAAGAUGACCACCACAUCUGUGUUUCUUGGCCGUCAAGGCGAGCUUAACCUAGCCGGAGGCUCAUUAGGGAAUUCCUUCGCAAACGUUACUGGAUUUGCUGUUUUAUACGGGAUUUCUGCUGCAAUGGAACCCAUUUGUGGCCAAGCUUUCGGAGCCAAGAACUUUAAGCUUCUCCACAAAACCCUUCUCAUGGCGAUGCUCUUCCUUCUCUUGAUCUCGAUCCCCAUUUCUUUCUUGUGGCUCAAUGUUCACAAGAUCCUCAUUGGUUUUGGUCAAAGAGAAAACAUUUCCUUCGUAGCCAGGAGAUAUCUUGUCUACCUCCUUCCUGAUUUGCCAGUGCUCUCUUUGCUUUGUCCCCUUAAGGCUUAUUUAAGCUCACAAGGCGUUACACUCCCAAUCAUGUACACAACAGCUGCAGCCACUUCUCUUCAUAUCCCCAUGAACAUAUUCCUCUCUAAAGCAAAAGGAAUCCAAGGAGUUGCCAUGGCGGUUUGGAUAACCGAUUUUAUCGUCGUGAUUCUUCUAACAGGAUAUGUGAUAGCCACAGAGAGAUUGAAAGAAAACAUAUGGAAAGAAGGUGGCUGGCUAGACCAAUGUGCUCAAGACUGGCUCAAGCUGAUCAAGCUUAGUGGACCGUGUUGUCUCACCGUGUGCCUCGAGUGGUGGUGCUACGAGAUCUUGGUCUUAUUAGCAGGGAGGUUACCAAACCCGGUGGAAGCAGUGUCGAUCUUGAUCAUACUUUUCAACUUCGACUACUUGCUUUACGCUGUGCAGCUCUCUUUGGGCACGUGCGUGGCAACAAGAGUGGCUAAUGAGCUCGGCGCAAAUAAUCCUAAAGGAGCUUAUAGAGCAGCUUACACUACCCUCGUUGUGGGUUUUGCUUCAGGCUGCAUUGGAGCUUUGGUGAUGAUAGCAUGUAGAGGUGUUUGGGGGUCUGUGUACACUCAUGACCACAUGAUCUUGAACGGUGUGAAGAAGAUGAUGUUGGUAAUGGCGUUUGUUGAAGUUAUAAACUUCCCUUUAAUGGUGUGUGGAGAGAUAGUUCGUGCAACGGCAAAGCCAUCGCUUGGAAUGUAUGCGAAUCUUGGUGGAUUCUAUCUAAUUGCUUUGCCUUUGGGGGCGAGUUUGGCGUUCAAAGCUAAACUAGGGCUUGAAGGGUUCUUGAUAGGGUUUUUAGUUGGAGCAUCAGUCUGUUUCUCGGUAUUGCUCAUCUUUAUUGCAAGGCUCGAUUGGGAGAAAGAGGCGGGUAAAGCACAGAUUCUAACCUGUAGCAGAGAGGAAGAAGAAACUUCACAAGGUUCAAGACAAGAUAGGAUCUCAAAGUAAAUGUAAGUAAGUAUCUUGAUCAUGUCUAAAGAGAUAAGUUCAAGGGUACUCAUAGAUGUAUCUUCAUGGUAGAUAUUGUUUCUCUUCUUGAUGCAAAUCUAGACAGGAAAAUUAAACAAAUCAUGACAAUAGCAGUAAACUCUAGUUAAGUUAAGAAGACAACAUUUCUGUAUAUUUUGUAGCAAAGGUGAUACAACUUAUAUGGGAAAUUACCAAGAACUGAAACUUGAAUAAGGAAUGCAAAGAGCUAGCUUCAACGAAUUUAGCAAUUUCAUGUUUCAAGCAAAUGUCACUAUGAACUGAGGAUUUCAUUUGAAAAAAAAAAGAUAUCACUCGACUAGAAAC